UCUGUCUUCAUAAACUGGAAUUCCAUCGCAUGCACUCUGACAAUUCAUCUGACAAGCGUCCAUAUGACAGACUUGACAUCAAAACAAAGCGGACUACAACGCAAACUAGGGCAGACGGGUGGGUGCAGCCCCACACGCAGGUGGGAUAUCAGGUGGGGUACUCCUGCUGGACCAGUGCAGGCAAGUUUCAUUUUUGCAUUUUUAACAAUACAUUUUCCAUCGUAUAAGCACAAAAACACAUCACAUUUCGAGCCGUAGACUGUGUCUCUGUGGCGCGCAUCAUCAUCUCAACCAAUCAAACCUGCAGCCUGCCAGCGAGGCAGGACAGCCCAUGCAACACACACUGCGCGAUAAACGUCCCCACUCGCCUGUUAUUCUUACCUACAGGUGUUAUGGUUGUCUACAUGAGCGGUUGAGAGGCUUGUAAAGACAGGCGGAGACGGUGAUCGAUCCUGGAGUGACUAAAGAAGGGUUUUCUGUCAAGUAUCUGUUUCAGUGUUUCACUCGGGGGCACAGCUUCAGAGCUGCGUUCAUCUGCACAGGGCUGAGGCUGUACAUGGAGCUCUCCGCGGACUCCGGAUGGAUGAUGUUACCUACGCCGGACUCGGACGUUUCUCACGCUGGCUUGGGGCAGGGCACUGGGUACAUGGAGCCAUCAUUACUGUCGCUGGAGGACGUGGAUGGAUUCCUCAGUCAUAUCGAUUAUCCAGGGCAUCCCUAUUUCCACACACAUUCACCUCAUCCUCAAGCACGAACAUCUUACAGCCAAGUUCCAGCUCGUUUGCACGGUGGUUCUAUGUGCCACCCUCACUUCCUGCACACGCAAGCUUACCCUUGGCUGGAGAGCAGUAAAUCGAGUUCUUCCGUGGUCCAGCAACCCAUCACCUGGUCACAGAGUGCUUUGGGAAAGCCUGCUGGAGGAACCUCGGUCGGGAUCUCGUCGGUAUAUCCAGGCUCGUGCGCUCAGGGCUCGGCCCCGUUGGCCACGCGCUGCAGCACUCAGUUCUACUACCUGUCCCCUACACCGCCAAGUUCCGCGGCUCCGGAGCCGGACGCCACCAUGUACUCGGCAGUUCUUCUCGAUGGGACGAAAAUGCAGACCACAGGUCCUCUCCGGAACUGUACGGCGCAUGAGGCGGCUCCUGUGUGUGCGUUUCCAGCGUUUGCGUUAGCAGGAGCGCGCGAGCACGCCGCCGGUAUGUUCUGCAGGAGCGGGGGAGACUUAACGGACAAAUCAAAGAGCAAAGGGCGCACUGGUUCGGAAGGACGUGAGUGUGUGAACUGUGGGGCUACCUCCACUCCCUUGUGGCGGCGAGAUGGCACAGGCCAUUAUUUGUGUAACGCAUGUGGACUUUACCACAAGAUGAAUGGCCAGAACCGACCACUCAUCAGACCCAAACGUCGACUGUCAGCAGCCAGGAGAGCAGGUACUUGCUGUGCAAACUGCCACACGAGCACCACCACACUGUGGAGACGUAAUGCCAAUGGAGAGCCUGUUUGCAAUGCUUGUGGGCUCUACUACAAACUGCAUAAUAUGAAUCGCCCGCUCACUAUGAAGAAGGAAGGCAUUCAGACUCGCAACAGAAAAAUGUCCACCAAAUCUAAACGAAGGAGAGGCGAGAGCUCUCAUCAUUUUCACUUUAGUAGAUUCAUGCAGGACAAACCACAUGCCUUUAACCACAUCGCCAAUAUUUCUCACCACGUUAACACGACUCCGCCAGUCGAGUUACAUCCAGCCUUCAGCCACACGCACCAUGCUAACUUGGUGACUGCCAUGAGCUGAGCACCAUGUGGAGGUCUUUUUGUGCACUAGUGAAAUCACAGAGACAUUUAUUUAAGUGUUUAAUGAAUAUACAGUUUUAGAGGGAUAUGUUUUUGUACAUUCACACAUUGAAGCUAGCUAACUAAAUGAGGUUGUUGAUUUAAAAAAAAAAAAAAAAAUUAUCAUUAGCUGACUGUGUAAUAAAGUGCACUUUAUACCAAAACCCAGUGAUAUAUUAUAGGGAGGUUUGUAAGAUCCAAGGGAUUUUCUAUGCAAACACUGCAUUUUGUGGAGGAUUCUUUUAGAAAUCUUUUGAAUUACCCAGUCACAACAUCUGAGUGUUGUAAAAGAGGUACAGAGGAAAACCUGGGGUUUCCAAAGCAUGUAAGUGGUGAAUACUGAAACAGUGGGAUUUUACAAUCCACUAAAACUUUAUGAAUGGACUUUGUGUGUGUGUGUCUGAUAAAACUGUGAAUGUUGAACACUGCAAAAAAAUAAAUAAAUAAAUAAAUAAAUAAAAAAUAAAAGAAAAAAAGAAAAAGAAGAAGAAGAAGAAAAAAGUGUUGGGUUAUUUGGUUCCUAAUUCUGCCCAGUUCCACUUCCACCCUUUUUCCUUUAAUGAAUUCCAUUCACAAAAAGGGGCAGCAAAACCCUUUACUAAAUUUUCUAGAAACAACAUAUUUAGCAGCGUCCCAGGAACUGGAUCUCUCUGUUCCUCUCCCAAUACCUUUAGUGAAGUUGAAGUGUUUGUAUAUUGUAUGCAUUUCAGUAAAUAAAGUGCUAUUUAUCUGAAUAGAGAAAUGUCAAUUACAGUGAUUUUGAUUUAGAAUUUUGGUGAUAUACAGUAGUGUUAAUUUCAUUCACGAAAACUAUGAAAACUAUAUAAGUGUUCGCCAACGACCUUUUUUCCAUGACUAAGAUGAGACGAUGACGAGACAAGACCGACGUCAGUAAACACUAACUGUGACUAUAUCAACAUGCAAUA